AUGUUGCCAGAAGAGAGGAAUCAGCUUGCUGGUCGCCUGUCCUCGCUGUCUGGGGAACUGCCGGGGCACAUCGUUGAGUUCUUGCAGCAGCAGUUCGGCGAUGCCGAUAGCCAUGGCGAGAUCGAGAUUGACAUCGACUCUGUGAAAGAUUCCGUACUGUUCGAGUUGAAGACGCGGCUGGACAAGGUCGCCAAGGAGAGCAAAGACGACAAGGUCGCCGAGGAGAGCAAGGACGACAAGCUCGCCGAUGAGAGCAAAGGCGAAGUCGUUCUGGAGCAGGAGGACGAAGAGUACAUCGACAUCUGUGGCCUGUCCCCCAUCGUCGAAACCGGCAACAGGCCGAGCUCAAGCAGCAGAAGUGAUUCAGACUCGGACAGCGACUCUGGUAGCGAAAGUGACUCCGAUCAGAUCAUGGGCACGUCUGCGCAGCAACCGUCGGAGCCAGCAUCAGGGACGGCGCAGAGCACCAUACAAGCAGAGAGCGUUUCCGGCGACAGUAUCGGCGGCCCGGCUCCACUGACGGUGGCGGUAUCACAAGUGGCGCAGAGUGCUGCAAAGAAGGUCCAAGCCGUCCAGCGUGCCGCGCCCAAGGCUGUCUACAUGCCCGGUCUGCUCUACAGGGCGAACCUUCGCCGACAGCUGUUGGAGAUGGAGAGGGCGGCGCUGCCCGACGAGAGCAUCCACCCGCGGGACCUGCAGCGUCUCGGCAUCGCGGAGUAUGGCCAUCCUAGCCUCAUGCGGCAGCUCGGGCUCGUCCUCAAGGCCGACGCGUAG